UCAUCCUUUCGCGGCCUCAUCCGAGCGCACCCUGCCUGUACGUCUUGCCUUCUUCGUUCUGACUAGACGUCAAAGCACGCAUCCAUCGCAUUCUCGUCACCUCAUAAGGUGGAGAUGCCGCAAGCGUACGAGGGUCAUUACGAUCUCCCACACAGUUGGGCCCGAACGGCUCUAGGUGUACUUCACAAGUAUCCCAACACGCAUGCCACGCACGUAGUCAGUCUGGACGUCAUAGAUCAACAAUUGCAACUUGAUCAGCGACCCAACGGGAACGGAGGGCUGCUGGUCAGGCUGGAGAGAAUAUUGGGUGUGAGACAGGGCGCACCAGCCUGGGCUGUGAAGCUGCUUGGAGGUGAUGAAGAGACGUAUGUGAGAGAGGUGGUCAUGGUGGACACUGCAGGACAGAUAGUCGAGAUGACAUCCACCAACAUGUCGCUAUCCCGCUACUUGCUGGUGAAGGAGUACAUCACCUACACGCCAACCUCUGAGCAAAAUCGCAGCACAGCUUUUCAUCAAAGAGCCAGGAUAUUGGCGGGCGGACUCCCUUUGAGCGCCAUGGCUAGAAAAGUGGAAGAUUGGAGCAAAGAUAGGUUCGCUUCCAAUGCUGGCAAAGGCGAAGCUGGUAUCGCAGAAGUUCUCAAAGGUCUGUGGGACGCUGGCGUCUCCGGUGAACUUGCCUCGAGGCACCUUCAUGAGAAGUGAGAUUGAGUCUUGCAUGGACGAGACCGAUACGAAUGUUGAGUCGCAACAACUCAAUCAACCACACCUGGGGCCUGCGGUGCUCCACAGUCAACUACAGGCAUCAAGUUUGGCGUGACGUCGACAAACUUCGAGGG